CUUUUAGCAAUUGCAGAAGUUUACAAGAACGAAGGCAACGAUGAAUACAAGAAGAAGCAUUUUUAUAAUGCCAUUGACUACUACACAGAAGGAAUCAAAGUCAACUGUAAAGAUGAAGAACUGAACGCCAAACUAUACAACAACAGGGCAGCAGCACAUUUUAAUUUGGGUGAGAGGUUGACAUUUCUAUUUUAAAAGCCUGGUUUAAGAUUUCAGAACUGGAUUUGUGCAAGCAGUGUGGUGACAUCCCUGGGAGUUACUCCCUAUAAUAGCGUCUCGAGAAGUUAUGCGAAAGGGUGCCCUUUUUUUGUCAAAAAUGGUCUAUAAAAGGGUAACGGGUUGGACCUCGGGGCGGAGCUUCCCUGUAUGCAACUUUUUUGAGUAACCCCCUCCCCUUCCCUCAGGUAAAAAGAUGCUAGACGCGUUCGUGGGCACCCAGCGAAUACGUCAGAAGAUUCUUCAAUGGUUUCCUUUAUGUUUUAAGGUGACUCGACCCAGUUUUUUUGGCGGGGAUACCAUCCUACUUUGAAGCUCUCUGGUAUCCCCAGCUUUUCUUUUAUCGUACGUCUGACACAUUCAAUGGAUAACAUAUAGAUCACGUGGUUAUAAUGCCACGCCCCUUUGAGGUCUGAGUCGAAAAUCUGCUGUUGCCAGCAUUUUUUCGUGAAAAUCUCUCGGCUACACAUAGUGCGCAUUAGUGCCUUGCGCUAAACAGAGUUUCACCAAAAUCGCAAAGACCCAAUUCGAUAUUCAAACUUUACACGAUUAUAUCUAAUAAACUAUGAGAUUCAUCCCUUUAUUUUGGGCAUCGUUACAACAGAUGGGUCCUUGCAAGUGAGCAGAACGCUUUAGGGCCUUGUAAAUGCGCGCGAUUUCGAGCAAAGCAAACAUAGAAAUUAUAGUUUUAGCUAUUGGGUGACGUUAAUCAAUUGUGGCCCUGAAAAAAUUUGAAGGAAAAAAAACUACGAAUUCUUUUUUCGUGAGAAGGACUCUUAAACGCUGACAAACGUCAACAAAUAGCUAAAACUAUAAUUUCUAUAUGUUUGCUUUGCUCGAAAUCGCGCGCAUUUACAAGGCCCUAAAGCUUUUUGCUGACUUGCAAGGACGCAUCUGUUAUAACGAUCCCCAAAAUAAAGGGAUAAGUCUCAUAGUUUAUUAGAUGUAAUCGUGUAAAGUUUGCUUAUCAUUUUCGCAUAAAUUAUGACCUAAAUUUGGAAACCGCUGAAUUUCUCGAAUUGGGUCUUUGCGACUUUGGUGAAACUCUGUUUAGCGCAAGGCACUAAUGCGCUCUAUGUGUAGCCGAGAGAUUUUCACGAAAAAAUGCCGGCAACAGCAGAUUUUCGACUCAGACCUCAAAGGGGCGUGGCAUUAUAACCACGUGACAUUUACUCCGAUCGCCAAACAUUUUAUGUUAUAUUGUAGAUUGAUCUAUAUGUUAUCCAUUCUAUGUGUUAGACUUAAGAUAAAAGUAAAGGUGGGGAUACCAGAGAGCUUCAAAGUAGGAUAGUACCCCCCCAAAAAAACUGGGUCGCGUCACCUUAAAAGCCAUUUUGGUUAAUUUGUUACUGCUCGUAAAAACGAUUUGCCUGUUUUGAUUUCCAGACGUUUUAAGCCUUCCUUAGGCUUUAGAGAUUUCUAAGCAAUUCCUCCUUCGAACAGGUAUUUAGCAGAAAAAAGGUAGUUGGUUGCCUCUUAUGGCUGGUUUCUCACCGAUUGUUCAUUCUGUGACAGGUGAUUACACCGAAUCACUUAAUGAUGCAAAAAUUGCUACUGGCUUACAGCCAUCUCUUUUAAAAGCUUUUGUGCGAGGUAAGUCAGCCAUGAUCCAGUCACCAAACUCAUCUCUCUUUCUCCCCAAGCGAUCACGAAAAAUGUUCAAGCUUACCAAACGUUUUUACCAAUUAAAAAACUGCAUUUAAUGUAAGGGUAAACCACUCGGAAGGUUAAGAGAUGUUUGGGUAGGUAUAUGCAGUUUGUACUACCAAAUUAUCGAAAAUCCUGGACUCUCAGGCUCCAAAACUUUCUGGUCUGUACAUUACAUUAGUGCAAGACACCGUAAUGAGAACUGCUCUACAAGAAAUGUUCCAGCAAAAGUAGAUUCUGCUUUUAGGCAUAUUGUUUCCUCACAAUACUACUUUACGCCCCUAAUGCUUUCCCAGAAAUUUUCUUAUGGUCUGUCCCAAAUCGAUAUUUAGUAUCAUUAACUCAUGUGUGUUGUAGGUAAUUGACGGAGCUAUACUUUUUGUAUUUACAGGGGCAAGUGCCUGCGUGCAGUUGAAAACGUUUGACGAAGCCAUCACGUGGUGUGAUAAAGGAUUAGCAGUAUCCUUGAGUGGAGCUGAAAUCAUUUUUCUUUAUUCUUUUUUAACAGUAUUAAAAACGUAUCCUGAUUUCAAUUUAAGGUCUAUAUGAACAUCAGUCGGCUGCUUUCGAGGGCAGAACUGACCUCUCUCCUUUGUAAACUUCUCCUUCGUUAGAUGAGCAAUCUUAAGUGAUUAUUUAGUCUUUUGUGUAAUAUGCUUUAAAUAUUUUGCAAUACACUGUUUGGGUUAUCACCAGUGAAACGUUGCGUGACUCGGGAUAAGUUAGAUGCUCCUAGCUUGGCUAAUUAUUCAUAAGAAUUAUUUUACAACUUAACAAAAACAAGAUCGAUCCGAACAACCAGAAGUUGCUGGAUUUGCGGGGCAAAUCUGUGAAGGAAGAACGUGAAAUGAAAGAUAACCAAGAAGAAAAGGUAAUGAUAAAUGAUUUUAAAAUAAUUGGUAUCAAGUUAAAAGUUAAAACAGAAACUAAUUUCUUUGCCAGGGAAAGUAAAGUAAAUUUUGUUAAUCAAACAGCAAUGACACAAAGGUGAAGAGUUAGAAAUACUUACCAUUCACGAAUUUUAUACUUUGACAAAUGAGCAAAUUUUUGCGAUACGAAAAAUGAAUGUCUCUUGGUAUUACCCUGUAUACCAGGCAUCAAAAGGGGACAAGGAGGGAGAGAAAAAAAGGGAGAGGGGAUUGGGAAAAGAAGAAAGAGACGUCCCCCUGACGACCCCCCACCCCCCCACUUUAUUUGCGCCUGCCAGGCAGACUACUUGAUAUCUAAGGACAUGGUGAGCCAGGUCAUUUAAUAGGUUUACAUGUGCAUACCUUCUGGAUAAGCAGAUGCAACAGUAUACAAGGAAUGUUGAUCCCAAUAAAUUGGUGUGAAAUGCAAAGUCGGUCAGUCACUAGCGUGAGUAAUUACGUCGUGCAGUGGCAGUAAUAUCCAAAUACUGACUAAGAACAAGCUAAAAAAUAGGACUACCUUCUGAAAAUGGGCUCGGAACACAAAGAAACCUUUGAACAGUACAGAUGACAAAUGCUAACCCCUUCCUUACCACAAUGUCAAAGCUUCUAAAACUAGGAUACCAUACUGUCUCAGUGGUUUAAAUAUUUUUGCGAGCCAGGAAAAGACCCAUACGUUCAGUAGUUAACUCGGUUUCUGAAACCUACGGGAAGUAUCACUACUCAAACCCCUCCCUCUUGCACACGCCUUCCACGAAUUCACUUCAAUAAAGUUUAAGGUAAAUCACUUUCCUUUACCAGCGAUAUAAUGUUUGUUAAAAGAUUUUGCUCUGCAGGUUAACAAUUAACUUCCCUAUUCAAUUACGAGCGCUGCAAUACUUGGAAUAUAUUUAUCAACGAGUCAAGACAUGCUUUCGUCAAAGGCAGCGUUCUUGACGCUCUGUCCAAAAUGACCAUGUUUUUCUAGAAGAAAAUAUUACGGUUAAUAUUUUAAACAGCUACGGCUAAAUUAUUUGUUUUAGCUUUUACAUUAACGAAAAAAAUGUUUGUCUUUCAAGGACUGCCUGUUGACCUCAUUUAGAUGUUCUUAUCUUCGGCUAGAAUCUAUGAGAAAGAUACGUUAUUGACUGGAUGUUGGGGAACGAGCCCGCGAAAAUGAAAAAUGGGAACAAAUCAUAGAUUGGCAAACAAAGUUAUUCGUAGGGCAAAGGUUCAAAUAAGGUUUGGUUCCCAUUUUUUAUUUUCCCGUUCCCUUGGUAGUUCCCCGCUCACCGCUCCCCGUUCCCCGCACCCCAUUCCUCGUUUUAGUAAUAUCUGUUAUCAAGGGUGAGGUCAAGAUAACUAGAGCGGACAAGAUAGGCCCAUCAUGCCUUCUAGGGUAGCCAAUUAGAACACAGGAUCGCUUCAUCUUGCCCGAUUUCGGACAAAAUAAUGAAAAUUAUGAUUCAUUCAAAAUAUUUCGCCGAUUCUGAUUGGCUAAAAGCACACACAUAAUUCACCAUAUCCAGUUUCCAGAGACCAAAUUUGGAAGAAUUUUGUGUUUAAAGAGGAAAGGACGUCAAAAAUGCAGCGUUCGUGCAGGUUAAGGCACCGUUAACCGAGAAGACCUGGGGAGGAGGUUGAGUUGUUUUGGUUGUGUAAACAAAAAAUGGCGCACAUUUCACUCGUUUCAAGAGUAAGAACUAGGAGACAAAAUAGCUAAAAACAUGGAAAAAACAGCAAGAAGACAACUCGAAGGGCGACAUCUGCUAUUUGGAGAAUAUUUGCGGAGCUGGACAAACCUAAACGUGCACUAUCGAAGAUGAACUUAACAUCGAUGGAUCGAUGGAGGCAAGCAUGUUUUAGCCAUGUUUUUAAACUAGGAAUUAUUUUGAAUUGCCAUGUAUCGUGUAAACCAUAAAACGAGUUUUUUUUACUCAAUAUGUAUCGGACGUCAUCUUGGGCCCUAAUUUCCAGAUGGAAAUUGUAACUUAAACUAUAAUGCAACCUGUAGUUUUUUUUAAUUUUUGCAGAAAACUGCCACUGGUCAGGUCAAGGAUUUUAGCACGAAUAACAUCUUUGAGGACCGAUUCGAACAAGGGAACGCGUAUUUACAUUCGGGCGACGCCCAUUACGGUGUAGGAGAUUUUAAAAAAGCCAUCAUCUACUAUGAACGUUUCUUGGAAAUUGCGAAGGAAUUGGGUGAAAGAUCCGGAGAAGCAAGUGCGUAUUGUAAGCUUGGCAACGCUCAUCAGGGUCUCGGAAAUUAUAAAACAGCCAUUAACUACCAUGAACGUCAUCUGAAAAUUGCGGAAGAAUUGAGGGACACAUUGGGAGAAGGAAAGGCAUAUUGCAACCUUGGAAUUGCUCAUCACAGUUUGGGAUCUCUUGAAACAGCCAUAGACUAUUAUAAACGUCACCUGAAAGUGGCGAAAAAAUGGGGUUAUAAAAGAGGAGAAGGAGGAGCGUAUGGCAAUCUUGGUCUCGCCUUUUUCAGUCUCGGCGAUUUUAAAACUGCCAUUGACUAUCAUGAACGUGAUCUGAAAAUAGCGCAGGAACUGGGAGACAGAUCAGGAGAGGGGAGAGCGUAUGGCAAUCUUGGAAAUGAUCAUAGCCGUCUUGGAGAUUUUAAAACAGCUAUAGAUUGCCACGAGAGACAGCUGAACAUUUCAAAAGAAAUGGGUGACAGGUUAGGAGAAGGUAGGGCAUAUGGCAGUCUUGGCAACGAACAUUCCAAUCUGGGAGAUUUUAAAACCGCCAUUAAGUACCAUGAACUUCAUUUGAAAAUUGCGAUGGAAUUCGGUAAUAUAUUGGAAGAGGAAAGUGCACAUUGCAAUCUUGGUAUUGCCCAUCAGACUCUGGGAGAUUUAAAAACGGCAAUAGAUUAUUAUGAACGUUAUCUGAAAAUUGCAAAAGAUCUGGGUGACAGAUCAGGAGAAGGUAGGGCGUAUGGUAAUCUUGGCAAUGUUCAUAGCCUUCUAGGAGAUUCUAAAACAGCCAUAGACUAUCAUGAACGUCAUCUGAAAAUUGCGAAAGAACUGGGUGACAGAUCAGGAGAAGGUGGUGCGUAUGGUAAUCUUGGCAACCAAUAUCACAAUCUGGGAGAUUUUAAAACUGCCAUCGAGUAUCUUAAACGUCAUCUGGAAAUAGCGAAAGAAUCGGGCAAUAGUUUGGAAGAGGGACUAGCUUGUUCAAAUCUUGGUGGGUCUUUUGAGUUACUUGGCCAAGUUCCAGUGGCAAUUGAAUAUUACGAGCACAGUAUUACUUUGUUAAAUAAUGUAAGAGAGCGUCUUCAAUCAAGCGACGAAUGGAAAAUAAGUUUUCGUCAUCAAUACUGGUCAGCAUACCGUGCACUUGUGCGCUUGUUAUUGGCGGAAGGCAACGUUACAAAAGCUUUGUUUUCUGCCGAGCAAGCACGAGCGCAGGGCUUAAAAGAUCUUAUUCAAUUAAAUUACGCCUUUGAAAGGAAUGAUGCUAGAUCAGGCAGAGAAACCACAUCAUUAGAUGACCUGCUAAGUUACCUACCUACAAAUACAAUCUUUAUAUCCUUUGGAAAAAGAGAGUUAAACUUCUGGGUCUGCCAGAGAGGGAAGGGUGUUGAAUGUAGAAAGAAACAAUUUUCCUCGCGGUGUAAAGUCAGAAUUUUUUUUCAUGCUCUUUCACAAGGACUGCAACAGGAAAUUGGUGCAAGAAAUCUUUUGAAGUGUGAAGAUCGAUCACUUGAAUUGGCGAGGGAUAAAAGCUUGGUAGCUAAGAGAUCACCUCGGGACGACAGACAGACCCAACAGUUUGACCUGCAAAAAAGUGCCUUGAGUACGUUGUAUGACACCAUCAUUGAGCCUAUUCAAGAUCUACUUUUGGACAGCGAACUCAUAUUCGUCCCUGAGGGUCCACUUUGCUUGGCCCCUUUUGCUGCAUUCAAGGACCCAGAUUCCAAAUACCUUUGCGAAUCAUUCAAAAUUCGCGUGGCUCCAUCCCUCACAAGCUUGAAAAUGAUUGCGGACUGUCCGCUAGAUUAUCAUCACAAAACGGGUGUUCUUCUUGUGGGUGAUCCUUUGACAGAGCUAUCGCCGCUGCCAUGUGCCAGGGAGGAAGUAGAAAUGAUUGGCAAAAUGCUUAACAGCACACCUCUAAUUGGAACACAGGCUACAAAGGAUGAGGUGUUGAGACGACUCGGUUCUGUUGCUUUGGUGCACAUGGCUGCACAUGGCAAUAUGGAAACAGGUGACAUUGCCUUAGCGUCGAACGAAGGUGUGAAAAAGGACAUUUUGACAAUGAGAGAUGUACUGCGCGUUCAGAUCCGAGCAAGACUAGUUGUACUCAGUUGCUGUCACAGUGCUCGUGGGGAGAUCAAAGCCGAAGGUGUGGUCGGUAUAGCACGUGCCUUUUUGGGUGCUGGUGCUCGUUCUGUUCUGGUGUCAUUGUGGGCGAUUGAUGAUGAAGCCACUUUAGAGUUUAUGAAAAAUUUCUAUCAGAAUGUUGUGAAAGGGAGAAGUGCGAGUGAAGCCUUGAAUCAAGCAAUGAACUGCAUGAGAGAAUCUGAGAAAUUUAGUGCAGCCAAGUUCUGGGCACCAUUCUUACUCAUUGGUGAUGACGUCAAGUUGGAAUUUAGUGGAAGCAAAUAG